GAGGCCAGGGCAAGCUCGGAAGAAGCUGCGCGUGAGCUUAUGCACCUCACCUCCCGGCGCCAUUUUGCGCCUCCGCGGAUUGGUGGCUCCCGCCUUUUUUUUCUUCCGGGCCGCCCUCAGUGCGCACGCGCAGGAAGGCGGCUCUGCGAGGGGCGGGGCCGCCGGCUCGGAGCUGGGACCGCGAACCUUGCCGGGUCUUGCUGCCCCUAGGCAGUUGGUGGCUCUCGAGGUUUCUGCUCUUCCUUAAGACUACUUUAUUAAAAGUCUCAUUAGGAGCCGACUCCCCCCGGAAAACUCCGGGUGUGACGUCACCGACCCCGCACCGCCCUGGAGUCAGGGUCGCCAAGUUCGGUCUCCGCUGUUGCGGAAGGCAGAAGGGGAAGGGGAUCCUCGCCGACACUCUGAAUUUCUGGCUCUUCUAGGACUCCAAAUAAGUUUAGAACCAGUAACUGCGCCCCUCCGCGUCCGGCUCCUCUGUGACCUCAGCGAACCGCGAUCCCCUGGAAGCCGCGUUCCUCUCAGGUCCUCCCCUGAAGGCGGGCGGCGGGAGACGCUCCCUGCGCGCGGGGCACGCCGGGAGUUGUAGUCCGCCUCGCGCGGCGUUGCCAAGUCUCCGGAAGUGGAAGUAUAAGAGGCCGGGCCGACUUGGCUCUGGGUAGCGGGACCGUACUCUGGGGCGAUAUUCCCAGGCGGGUCAUGAACGGACCAGCGGACGGCGAAGUGGACUACAAAAAGAAAUACAGGAAUCUGAAGCGGAAACUCAAGUUCCUCAUUUACGAACACGAGUGCUUCCAGGAGGAGCUCAGGAAGGCGCAGAGGAAAUUGCUGAAGGUUUCCCGGGACAAGAGUUUCCUUCUAGAUCGACUUCUGCAGUAUGAGAACGUGGAUGAAGAUUCUUCCGAUUCAGAUGCCACUGCAUCUUCAGACAACAGUGAGACAGAGGGGACGCCCAAGUUGUCUGACACACCAGCCCCCAAGAGGAAGAGAAGCCCUCCAAUGGGGGGUACCCCAUCCCCUUCCAGCCUCUCCUUGCCUCCUUCAACAGGAUUUCCCCUGCAGACCUCUGGAGCUCCCUCCCCGUAUCUGAGCUCGCUGGCUUCUCCCCCUUACCCCCCAUUCCCUUCUGACUACCUGGCCCUGCAGCUGCCUGAGCCCAGCCCCCUGAGGCCCAAGCUGGAGAAACGGCCCCGCCUACCCCGGAAACUCAAGAGUGACCACUCUGGCCGCAGUGUGGAGGAGGAGCUGGAGCUGGGAGAGGCUGAAGGCAGGGAGUCCAGUUAGGAGGCUGGUACCUAGACCAGGUGAGCUGAGACCAGGGCCUAGCCCAGGCUGGUGGCUGCUGGGGUCCCAAGGAGGGGCUCGUCCACAAUGCCACAGAAGCUGGGGACCAAAGCUACUGCUUAGGCUUCUGGCUCAGAUAGCCUGUGAUGCCUGCCCUUCAUGAACUAGUGAAUCCCACAGGAGGAGGAGGGAGAGCCCACCAGUGGUGGCAGGUGAUACCCAAGGUGCCCAGAGGCAAGAGGAAGGUACUCUGAGCUAGUCCUGAAUGUGGCUUUAACAGCUGGCACAGAGCAACCAGGGUGCCUUGCUAGCGAGGGAAGAGCCCAACUUUUCUGUCAGGUUCCCUGUCAGCCUCCCCUCCCCCCAUCCCCAUCAUGCCUCCAUCACUGCCCCUCACCCCAGGCCCUUCAUGGCUGGAGACUGAGGGGCUGCGGUGGGGCUUCCCCACCCCUUGAACUGCCUUCCAGUGGGCGUUGUGCCAGUGCAACUGACAAGCCCUCCUUGUGUUUCUCCC